AUGGCUACCAACCCUCCCCAGUUGUUCCUCUUGGCCGACCAUAUCAAACUCUCCCUGCUCGAGCGCCAACGCGCCCUCUCCCUCAACCUCCCUUCCAACAGCCAAGAUGGCCAGAUCUCGCGCUCCCUCGAGCAAUUGCGGUCCGGCAUUGAAUCCCUUGAGUCGCAAGUCGAGGACACAUCAGACGAAUCCAUAACAUCGCAACUGCCCCGCCUACGCACCCAGCUAGCCGAACUCACCGCGCAGUUCGACCAUUCCGCCAGCGCCUCGUCAUCAUCCUCCGCCACCCUCGUAACCCCCAACGACCCAUCUCUCGCCUCGGACUUUAGCGCUGCCCAAAAGAAGAACAACACCUCCACCGGCAGUAGAUCAUCCAAAUCCGUCCGCUUCACCGACGCAGACGACGAUGACGACGAUGCCGUCAACCGCGCAGCCCUCUUCCCCUACCGCGACGACCCCUCGUCAGAUCCCGACGCCGCUCCUGACCAUUCCCACCUCGAUAACCAGCAGAUCCACGAGUACCACAGCCAAGUCCUGCGCGACCAGGAUGACCAGCUCGACCGCCUCGGUGCUAGCAUCGGCCGCCAGCGCGAGCUUAGUAUGCAGAUUGGGCAGGAGCUAGAUGACCACGUCAUGCUGCUUGACGAUGUCGAGGAAGGUGUAGAUAGGCACCAGGCUCAGUUCAAUCGUGCGCGUGGUCGCCUCGAUCGGUUUUCGAGGAAGGCGAGGGAGAAUUGGAGUUUGACGGUUAUUGUGGCGCUCAUUGUUAUUCUUGUCUUGUUGAUUAUCAUUACAAAGUAG